UUUAACUACAAGAAGUAUACUCAGUUCAAGUAAAGGAUCCACUUCAGGAUUCAGGCUGGGUUGUCUUGAUGAUUAGAAUUCCGGCUCCAAGGAGAAGCCCCAAAGCCAAGGGUAUUGACUAUAACAGAAAGUGGGAACCCUACCUGACAUCUAGAGAAUGUGGACUGGAUAUAAGAUCUUAAUCUUUUCCUAUCUUACCACAGAAAUUUGGAUGAAGAAACAGUAUUUAUCUCAAAGAGAAGUGAUCCCAGGACCUGCUUUCACUAGGAAUCACACGAUUUGGGAGGGUUCUCGAUUCAAGAGAGCCAUUUUCAAAGGACAAUACUGUAGAAGUUUUGGUUGUUGUGAAGACAGAGAUGAUGGCUGUGCCACUCAGUUCUAUGAGGCAAAUGCAGUAUGUUACUGCGAUAAAUUCUGUGAAAGGGAAAAUUCUGAUUGCUGUCCUGAUUAUAAGUCAUUUUGCCUUGAAGAGAAAGAAUGGCCUCCUCACACAAAGCCUUGGGAUCCAGAAGGUUGCCUCAGAAAUGGCCAACUUUAUGAAGAAGGAUCAGUAGUUAAAGAAAACUGCAACUCCUGCACAUGCUCAGGACAGCAAUGGAAAUGUUCCCAGUUUGUCUGCCUUGUUCAACCAGAACUGAUUGAACGUGUCAAUAAUGGAGACUAUGGAUGGACAGCCCAGAACUAUAGCCAGUUCUGGGGAAUGACUCUGGAAGAAGGUUUCAAGUACCGUCUUGGGACCCUGCCACCUAGCCCCAUGCUUCUCAGUAUGAAUGAAAUGACAGCUUCUUUACCUGCAACAACUGAUCUUCCAGAGUUUUUUAUUGCUUCUUAUAAAUGGCCUGGAUGGACUCAUGGCCCAUUGGAUCAAAAAAAUUGUGCUGCAUCAUGGGCAUUUUCUACUGCAAGUGUGGCAGCUGACCGAAUAGCAAUUCAGUCCAAAGGUCGCUACACAGCCAAUCUAUCUCCUCAGAAUCUGAUCUCCUGCUGUGCCAAGAACCGACAUGGAUGCAAUAGUGGAAGCAUUGAUAGGGCUUGGUGGUUCCUGAGAAAACGUGGACUGGUGUCCCAUGCAUGCUAUCCACUUUUCAAGGACCAAAAUGCUACCAAUGAUGGCUGUGCCAUGGCAAGUAGGUCUGAUGGGCGCGGAAAACGGCAUGCCACAAAGCCAUGUCCCAACAACAUCGAGAAAUCGAACAGAAUCUACCAAUGUUCUCCUCCAUACAGAGUGUCCUCCAAUGAAACUGAGAUAAUGAAAGAAAUCUUGCAAAAUGGACCAGUUCAAGCCAUAAUGCAAGUCCAUGAGGAUUUCUUCCAUUAUAAGACAGGGAUAUAUAGACAUGUUACCAGAACAAAUGAAGAAGCAAGCAAAUAUCGAAAGCUCCAGACGCAUGCAGUCAAACUUACUGGAUGGGGCACACUAAAAGGAGCACAAGGACAGAAAGAAAAAUUCUGGAUUGCUGCCAAUUCCUGGGGAAAGUCAUGGGGAGAGAAUGGCUAUUUCAGGAUUCUUCGAGGAGUAAAUGAAUCUGACAUUGAAAAGUUGAUUAUCGCAGCUUGGGGCCAUCUGACAAGUUCAGAUGAACCAUAA